GUAUUUUUAUCGUAGAAAAUAUUCAACAGGUUGGCGUGCAAUUAUUUUUCGUUUGUUUAAAAUCGCGUCGGAAAUCGUAACUCGAAAUUCGCGCGUUCUUUCAAAUUUUGUUCAAAAUAUCGACAUUCGGACGUCGAAGUCUUCUAACACGACCAGUUUUGAUUAAAAACAACGAUGAGAAACGUACAAGUCGAUAAUCCGUGGAGUUCCGGGCGUUUCGGUUGAAAUGCGGUUCGUACAACCGUAUGCCUCCGUUGAUAAGCGAUAUCGAACGAUAAGAACCCGCGAUAAAUAUCCGAUUUGUUAUCUUUUGCAAUAAGAAAUACUGUACUCUGUGAUAAAUAGUAAGAAAUUGUCGAGUUUGAUCCUCGGUGUCGUCGUCAAGUAUUUACGGAUAUUACGGUAAUAGUUUGAAAAUUAUCCGAACUCGUUUUGCACAUUAUCCCGUAGAUUUCAAUCGCACCAGUACAGCAGCCGUGAUAUUCGCGUACCUAUGGCCAAAAGUCCCGUCGUCACGGGGAUCUCUCCAAAAGAAGGGCCGCCCGGAACGAGAGUGACCAUCAGAGGGGAACAUUUGGGCUUCAACCCUAACGAUUUGUCGAGUACGAUCCGUAGGACCCCGUCGGUCUUCAUCGUUGAGGUCUCGAUGAAACGCCGCGGAAAUAUAUUUUCACACUGGGUUUUUGUGCAGGUUUGAAAAUAUGCGACUGCGAGUGUAUGCUCUCGGCCGAAUGGAAAUCGCCCAACAAGAUUAUCGCCCGGUCGGGCCCGGGAAAGGGCCGCGGCGAGAUAAUCGUGGCCACCAGAUCCGGCGGCGUCGGCACGUGCACGGUGCAGUUUCGCGGUUACCACGAGACGAUCGGGCCGCUGAAGGAGAGCGCGGUUUGGGUGGAAGAAGCGCCGCUCAACUGGGGCCGACAAAACAGCGCGGUCACCAUAUUCCAGUUGGACGAUCCCCUGGGAUUGUCCGUCGAAGGAGACGAGUACGUAUACCCGGCCUACGUGUUCGCCGGACCGGCGACGGGCCCGUUACAUUUACCGUAAAAUUAUUCGUUCUGUUUCCGUUGUGCCCGAACGCAGCAAAUUUCCCGAGAACGAACUGAGCGAACUGUUCCCGGACGGCUCCGGAGACCUGUUGUCGGAAAACUUCGAGCCCGCGUGGUUUUUACUGGAACACCAUCACGGCACGUCGUUCGACGACCUGCGAGUGGGACUGUCGUAUUUGAAGAGAAAAGUCGAUUCGCAAAACGAAGGGCAACUGUCUUUUCUGAAAGUACGUCGCCGUUACCCAUUUAUUUAAAUCGCCCACCAACGUACGUUUGGUUAUAAACAAUAUCGUAAACGAUUUGUAAUUUACAUUCGCCCCUGAUCCCGCACUAGGACAAUGUCGGAUCGGUUAUGGAACAGUUGGACACUCUUUUUCUGUUGAAACAAAGUUACGAGGCCGAUUUCGAGAAAAAUAACGAAACCCUCCUCAGAGUCGAAGAAGCGAUUAACCGUGAUUAUUGUUACUGUUACAUGGGUAACCUAGUCGCAGGGUUCGCGUUGUUAAUUUAUUUUUCACUGUUGUAGAAUCGUUAAAAGAGGCGACAAAUUUAUUUCACGGAGUACUCACGCGGAGAGAAAAAGCCGAGGCCACUAGAAAUGCACUGGCCGUUAUGACGAGAUAUAAAUUUUUAUUUCAGCUGCCCAUCAACAUCGAUCGGAACAUUAAAAACGAAGACGUAGACGUAAUUAUUAACGACUAUGCGAGGGCUUUGCUUUUGUUCGGGAAAACUGAAGUUUCUGUAAGUAAAAUCUUACAAAUAACAAAUUAGAGAUUUACUCUAAUAUUAUUGACAACCGCGACACUAAUGAUAUGGCGCAUAUUAAUCAUGUGUGUUCCGAUAAAAGGUUUUCAAAAAAAUUUUAGAAGAAGUAGAAACCAAGAUACAAAAUUUAAGAAUUAGUCUGAAGGCAAAGCUCCAUGAAAUGCCUACGACGCUGAAACAACAAAAAAAAAUAAUUAGGUAAUAUUAUUGGUAAUAACAAACAAUGUAUUUUGUUUUUGAUACUAGAAGUGUGAGUGCUUGAAUUUUCGGUUACUGUUCAUUUUAAUGAUAAUUUUCUUUAGCUUUAACUCAAAAAAAAAAAAAAAAAUUCUGAUUUGUUAAUUUUAGGGUUUCUUGUGGUAAACAAAAAAUAUCAAUUAUUUAUGUGCCAUUGAAGCAAUAAUUUCAAAUAUACAGCUUAAGCACUAGAUUCUAGGUAUUUGGUUUAACAGAUUUUUUUUAUAAUAUUCUUUAUGUUUUAAUUUAUAAGUUGAAUACAUUUUAAUAAACACGAUUAUCAAAAAAUUUGUGUCGUAUUGACAAUAAUAAUAGUCAAUUUGUUACAAUCGAUUGAAACAAUUUCAUUGUUUAUUGCAGAAAUUUAGUUAGUCUCAAUGAUAACAGCGAUCCCGGUUGGGAAGCGAUUAUUUACAUGAAACAAUUUAUUAUUGACAAGAUAAAAUCAAGUUAUCAACAGUACAUAACCGAAGAACAAGUAAACGAAGUUCCUAGUGAGUAUUUAUUUAUUUUAAUUUGAAUAUUAAACACGUUUAACUUGAAACAUUUUUUUUUUUUCAGACAAGAAUAAUAGACAUCCGCACAACAAACACAAAAGGAAUAUUAGUUUGUCACAGCAAAUCGAACCCCAAGUACAGACUUUGAUUCGAUGAUGAAUACCACGACUUUAUUUUAUUAAAAAAAAAAAUAAAAAAUGUUUUUCAGAACAUUGAACCGAAAAAAGUGUUGUGUAUUGAUGAAAUAGCCACUGUCAUAUCCGAUUACUUUCCAGAUUUAUGGAAACUUGGACAGAAUUACUUUGUUGGUGAUUUAGCAGUGAAGCCAGAUUGCAGCCACGAAACGGAUUUUAAAGUAUGUUCUAAAAAAUACUCGAAACAUACGUAGUUAUUGCCAUUGUGUAUACAAAUUUUUCUAGGAAAUGAUCUUGGACAUAAUUGUAACUGUGUCUGAUAUAUACAGAACGAUUAUGUUGCCUACCACUACAACCAGUUCGUUUUCACCUGUGCCAAUUAUAUGGUUGCCGCAUUGCCUAAAACAAAUACGUUCUGUAUUUACCGUAUUAAUGGCUUUAGAUCUUCCCAAUGAAGCUUUAAAUAAGAUUUCCAAUGUUAUAUUUGAUUUAAGGUUAAAACAUACAAAAAAGUUUUAUAUAAUUAUCUAACACUUCAUUAUAUAACUGGUCAUUUUAUCAUCUCAAUUAGAUUACACUGCUUGAAUAUUUUAUUCAAACAAGCAUCGGAACAAAUUGUACUGUUGAAAACCACUGAAAAAUGGAAAUUAGAAUAUCAUUCGAAACAAGGAACCAUAUCACAAAUGGUAAUUUAAGCAAUUCAAUUGAAUACCUAAUAAUUGAAGGUUGUGUAAAUGCUUUGUACUAUAAUAUUAAUAUGUAUCUAUAGCCCAACGAAUUCUACAAAAUCCUGACAGAAGCCAUGAAUUUAGCGAAAGAGUAUGUUAUUCGCGACGAAAGCAGAGAAACCGCACUUGUAAACAACGAAACUGCCAAAAGUGAAUUACAAUUACUCGUCCACAAAUGUUUCUGGAAUAUUUCACAGGUCUAAGUUGUUAUGCUUCAAAAAACAUUUUAGAUAUAAUAACAUUAAUUUCCAUAUCAAAGGUAUUGGAACAAGUGGGCCUAAACGCAGACACAAAUUGUUCAUCGACCACAAUCAUGUCUUUGGGUGGAUCUACAGUUACUGGAUUUAAAUUACAAAACGAAUUGGUGAGUUUUAAGACAGAAUAUAUAAUUUUUUUAAUCUUGACCAUUGUUAUAGUUUAUUGACAAUGUACAUCAAAGAGUGUUGAAAUGUGUUUUAGACUUGGGAACAAAAGCUUUUAGUAACAGUAAGUAAUAGUCGGUACACAAGAAAUCUGAUAUUGCCAAAAUUCAAAAAGGAAUUUGAAGACAACGGUUUUCCCACUAUUGAUACGGUUGUUAUUCGGGCAAUCGAACUACUGGAAAACACCGAAAGCAAACUACUCGAAACUUAUAUAGAAACUAAAAGUGAUCCUUUAGUCGGAACUAUAGAACCUUCGAUGUACGUGGGCAGUUUUGAAUGGGAUUCGUCUUCGCUAGUACCGCCGAAAGAUGUUAGACCGUACGCCAAAGAAAUUAUCACCAAUUUGAUUUCUUUACACUCUGAGGUUGAACUCUACAGUUUAAUUUUUUGUUUAUACAAUUUUGAUUACAAUUAUUUUAUUGUUUGUGUCUGUAGGUUCAAACCAUUAUGCCGGAUUUAAUGUAUGCCGUAUUAUCUGCGGUAAUUAUCACCAUAUCGGAAGAGAUGUCGCGUCUUAUGAAUUGCGUCACCCAUUUCAGUGAAAAUGGAGCAAUGCAAGCCAGACUGGAUUUGAUGGCAUUGACUUAUGCGCUGUCCAAUUACUUUACACCAAAUUCAAAGUAUUGUUAAAUAUUAUAAUUAAUACACAUUUUUGGAUAGUAAAUUAGUUCUAAAUAAAACUCCAUACCAAUAUUGCAGAGAUUUUUUUUGUGAUGCUACUGAUGCAGUGCCGCCAUUUAAAACCGAAGAUAAUGAAAAGUAAUUAUUUUUUUUAUUUUGAUAAAAAUAUAUUUUCAAUCCGUAAUUAGAAUAUAACAAUAAGCAACAAAUGUUUAUAAACAGAAAGGAAUGGAAGAAAUUAUGCUCAUAACAAAAUUAUGUAUUUUUAUCCUUUUAUUUUCACAGAUACAUUACAAAAUGUUUUGAGCAAUUUAAGGCUCGAAUGCAUUUACAGCUCAUGUGUUUUUUAGUGCCUUGCAUGAGUGAUGAUGAGACUAGCAUCCUGUAAUAAUACUCAUAAAACUUAUAAUAACUCACUGUUAUAAAUUAUUACGUUAUUUUUAUAUUUUCUUAUAUUUAUUUAUUUAUCUAAUAAUAUUAUAUUUAAACAUUAAACACAUUUUGUGUAGCUAUAAAAUUACCUAAUAUUUAAUACAAUUUUUUUUUUUUUUUGGAAACAUCGAGAACACAUUUUAUUAGAUAAUAAGUAUUAUCAGUAUUUUGUUAAUUUCAUUUAGUAUUAUCUAUUAUUAUUGUUUUUAUGAACAAGAAAUAUUAUUAAAUACAUUGCGCUAUUAUUUUUUUUUUUUUAAAACGUAUAAAUUGUUUGUGUCUGCACACGGUUUGUCGUUUGAAGUCUGCUGUUCAUCAGACACCGUUUAAUGUGAAAAAUCACACAGUUAGAAUACAGACAUUUUUAUUCGAGUAACUUGAGUUUUUUUCCCAAAAAUAUCUCAACAAAAUAUAAGAAUAAUAAUAAUUAUUAUUGUUAUCACGCGCCUUUGAACGUUCUGCUAUUUCGUGGUCUCCGCCAGAACGGUGAAUAAUUUUUGUGAAGCGUAAAUUGAAAAAAAUUGCAACCAUGUGGUAACGAUUUCGUGACCGGUUUAAAACUCUACCACAGACGCGGCAUACUCUCUAGUAUACCACGUUUGUAAAUUUUCCGAUAGGAAAUCGAUUGUUUCCGUUUCCGCGAGUAACGAAACUGAUAAUUUUUGGUACUUUGAAGACCGUCGAAAUCGUUUUUCCGUCUGUUCCGACAAAAGCGUCGGAUUUGCACCGCGGACAGUGAAUUCGCCGUUCAUACCGUCUGGGACGACGACCCGAUCUCUUGGUUCAGUAUAUAGUUUUGGUCUCUGAUCCACAACUGUUCGCAGAUCACGUUCAACGUGUAGGCGGUCUGGUGGUUUUCCAAACCCGGAUCGUCGUCUGCGGCGCCCGCGGUCCGUUUGUUCAUCUUGAGUACGGUGAUGUUUUGCGUUUUUUCGAACUCGUCGAUAUCGUCGACCGUGAUCUUGGCGGUGAAGUCGCCGGGACAGUAUCUGAAACACCCAAAUACAACGAUAACGCCCGGCUGCACGUCCGUUUGGACCGGGGAAAACUGUGGGGGUCGCGCGCGCGCGCGCGUGGGGAGCGUGUCGCGACAUUAUUACUUGGUGCCGAUGACGAUCGGGGCCGGUUUGCUCUUGUCGUCCAUGUACGCGGGCAGGUUGGUCGAUACGUCGGUCAGUCCGCCCGGAUCCGCGAACGAAAACACGAACACGACGGCGUCCGCUUCGUCCUUGCACACCUGCAGAAAGUCCGUAGAGCAUCGGUGAGUAAGAGUACUCGGCACGCCGCAAACGGUACGCAUCGCGGUCCAGACACUCACCGGCAACAUGUAACCGAACUUUUUGACGUCCCGAUCGCCCGCGUCCCAGCACUGGAGCCGGAACAGUAUGAUCCGGUCCCAGACUUUGACGGGCCAAUAGAUGUUGCUCUUGCGCAUGCCCCGGGUUUCCACGUACUCGCCGCCGCCGCCGCCGUCCGAGUUAGGCGCCGCGCCCGCCAACCGGGCGAUCGUCGCCGAUUUGCCGGCCCCGCUCUUGCCGACGAAAAACAAUUUGUACGACACUUCCUCGACGUUCGGCAGUACGGGCCGUUCCAAUAAACCUGCGAACGCGAUCGCAAAAUGUAUUAAGCCUGUUUACCGCGUCAACCGCGAACGCGUGUUUUGUUUGUUUGGUUAAGCGUUCGGUUUAAAAAAAACACCCGAUUUCGAACGGGUACCGAUAGCAGAACACGUCCGAAAUCGGGACGCGGUGUUGCAGAUUCGCCCCGCUUUGUCGAUCAGAGACGCGCGCGCGCGCGCCGAUUUCGUCCAGCGCGAAAAGCGACCGGCCAGUCAUUCCCG